GCUCGUCGCCGCCGCGCCAGCCAGUGCACGCUCGUCUUGAACGUGGAGCGCUUCGCGUAUUCCCCUCGCGACUUCGUUACCGAGUGCUUCACCGGGCCGACGCUUGUGUGCACGAUGUCGGUACGACGUGCGUGACAAGGGAAAGGCGGUGGAAAAGCGCCGUCCGCGAUUGACAUGCGAAUCGUCCAAGAGCUGCCGCGAACGUCGGUCGAAGCUUCCCCUUCGUCUCUACCCCGAUGCCGGCGAUAGUUUUCACCCGCUGUCCUUGAUUCCUCGCUUCGAUAGUUUCCGAGGCACUGACACGCCUCCGCGAGGCACCGCGUAUCUACCCGCGUGAAUUCAUGUUGCAACGGACCGCGGUUCCAGUUGACGACGCGCUGGUCCCACCAGCGCACUCCGAUCUGUAACGCAGUUCUGUAACAGGUGAUAUGUCGGUUCGCUUCUGAUCUCUUCAAAAUCCCGUUACCGUUAACGAAAUUACCGUUAACGGCGAAAUACUUUUCGGUGAAAUACAACUCCAGCGCUGUGAUCUCGCGUUAUCUAUCCUUACCGCCUGGACGUUGACUCCGAUGUCAUGGGUGUGCGCGAUACUCCGGCGAACACCGCGAGCGAUAAAAUGUAGAUCGGCGCGCAGUUUUCCUUGCGUUCCCCGGACAUUAUUCAGCGCGGGUGCGGCAUCGCGCCGUGCAAGCAUCGCGCGAUCUCGCGCGCGUCUCGGGACUGCGCUCCUCUCUCGAUGUGAACUCAUUCUCCUCGAUCGCACAUACGGAAAGAGAUAAAGAAAGAGAGAGAUAGCGAAAAGGGAGCCCGUUAUCGUGCCGCGUGUGACACAGAUCGCAGAUCGAACGCGUCGUGGCGUGAAUCACCUCGGGAUCACCUGAUCGCGAUGGACGUUCUCGUGUGCAGUUCGUAAUUGUGUCCGGCGGAGAUACAAGGACCGGCAGAAAGAAAGAAAGAACAGAAACAGAAGACGGGGCUGGCCGUCGAGAGGGACGUCAGCAAAAUGAGGGCCCCAUUGCUCCUCUUAGGCGGCAUCGUCGUACUAUCGCUCGCGGUGGCGAGGGCUCUCUCGUGCGUAUGCUCGCCGGUGGAGUGCGACGUCCUCACCGACGAGGACUGCCCCGGAGGCCUCACCUGGGAUCCUUGCAGGUGUUGCAAAGUAUGUGCGCGCGUGGAGGGUGAGCCUUGCGGCGGCCUGUUCGGUUUUUCGGGGAGCUGCGCCGUCGGUCUGCAAUGCGUGAUCGUGAAUCUACUGCCCCGCAGCCGGGAAAUGGACGAGGGCGUCUGCACGAAGAUCCCGGGCAGAUGGAGGAGGCACUGUCCACACGGGCCGAUAAUGUCGGAUCCAGGCUGCAACCUGGUCGGCGAGGGGACCACCGAGGCCGGAAAUGCGGCGGCCGCUGGCAAAUGCGUUUGCGGUCCGUCGGUACCCUGGUGCCCGGGUGAGCCGCGGCCGUACAUGUACACGACGCGGCACGAGUGCAAGCUCAAUUUGGAGGCGAAAAUUGCUUACGAUGAUCUCUACAAUUCCGGGGACACGGUGCCGGGGAGCAACGUCGCCGUUGACGGCACGUCGUUCGGCGAGUCGACGCGAGCCGAUCGGGAGCAGGUGGGCGAGGGAAAAGAAUCGGGACGGAACGACGGCGACGAUGGUGGCUGGCAGAACGACGAGAGAGCCACGCUGAGUACGCGGAUCGCUGGCUGGACAGGAGCCGUGCACUUCUGCCCGCAGGACAGUGUGCCGAACGAGAACGGCGACGGUUGCAAAUGCGCGGAUUGUCCGCCCCGCAAGUGCCGACCGGGUCAACGGCCGGUGCCGGUGAAUGGGGCGUUUUCUGGGAUCCCGGGUAACUGCUGUCCGCGCUACGACUGCGUGCUCUCAGACCACCAUCACCGGACGGAGUCGUCCUGUCCCGAGGACAGCAUCCUGACGGACGAUGGCACCUGCAAGUGCGUCCCGACGUGUCCGCCGCCCAAGUGCCGAUCUGGUCAACGGCCGGUCGAGGUGCGGGCAGCCAAGCCCGAGACACCCGGUAGCUGUUGCCCCCUUCACGACUGCAGAUCCCCAGAUCUGAUCUCCUGGGCGAAACCCGAGGAGAAGCCUCAGAACUGCAUUCACGAGGGCGUCUCGAGGAAACUCGGCGAGGAGUGGAAACAGAACGACUGCGCCACUUGCAUCUGCAACGAGGACGGAACCGCGUCCUGCCAAACGACCAUGUGCAAGUCCUGCGAGAACGCGAUACCGCCCGAUCCGGGCGAGUGCUGUCCUCAUUGUCCGCCGCCAACGAACUCGACAUUCGACCAUCAUCAUCCUGAUGAGCCGUGCAAGACAUCCUUAGACGACUGCGAGAUGAAGUGCUACCACGGCUUCCGCACAGAUGAAAAUCAUUGUCCCGUCUGCGAGUGCGCCGACGAUUUGGAGGUCGACGCCGUGCCGGAUGUGCUGCCGGAAGAUUACAAAGUUUGCCCGGAACUGCUGCACUGUGAGCUGAACUGCGAUUUGCUGAAGGACGAGGACGGGUGCUCGGUGUGCGCGUGCCAGACGCCGUCGUUGCCACCACGUUAUCCAGCAGCAGUCAACGACACCGCGCUGAACCCGGCCAGCACCGGCAGAAGCGUCUGUCCCGAGCUCAAGUGCAACCUCCAUUGCGAGCAGGGUCUCCUCAUGGACGAGAACGAUUGCACCCUCUGCGAGUGCAAGCCGCCCACCACCGGCUGCCCGUCGCUCCUCGGAUGCAGGAAGAGAUGCAACUUCGGCUACAAGACGAACAAGCGCGGCUGUCCUAUCUGCCGCUGUCGAGCCACGUGCAUGGAUCAUUUGAACGAGACACAUGCGGAGGGAUCGAUCUGGCAUCCGAACAGUUGCACCACGUGUAUUUGCGAGGCCGGCGGCAGGCUCAACUGCAAAGAAACCAUCUGCUCGGUGGCCUGCGGUAAUCCACUGCCACCGAAAUCGGGCACUUGUUGCCCCAUGUGUCCGAUCACGACCAUCAAGGAGAACGAGACGGUUAACCAGAUCACCAGUCGGGGCUGGGGCACAGUGCCGAUUACGUUAAUCGUCGUACUCGCGCUAUUGUGCUUGCUGCUGAUAAUUCACAUCGUGCGCAGCCGAUUCCGUGGCCGCCUCUCGCCCUCGGAGGCGUCGUACGUGUCGUCCCCGCCGCAAUAUUACAAGUGUGUGCCCGUGUACGACACCCCGGUGCAUCGAAACGAGAAGAUCGUACCUUUGUAAAAGACUGUUGUUGAUUCCCAAGGAGAGAGGAAGUCGCGCGCCCGAUUGCGGACGAGGGACACGCGAAAGCAGGACUUUUAUAUACGGCGAUCGCGCCGAAACUCGCAACAGCACGGUGUCGGUAUUAACUCUUACACGCAGGAUCUUCCAUUUGUGAGUUACGAUUUGUUAUUCAGCCGGCGCGUGAGAAACAUGUCGAAAAUUCCCGGGAAAUUGCGCGAGUUUUAUAUUUAUUCCAACUGCAUCGCGGAUGCGAAAGGUACCCUUAAGAGUUAAUAGCGGCGGCUGAUUUACGGCUCACAGCUGAUAGCUGCGCAAGGAGACUUUCAUCGCCGCUUAACAUCUCGCUCGUUUAAGGAUGAACCUCCGCGGGGGCGGAGAAUCGGAUGACGUGCACGAUACCUGCGUGUAGAGUCUCUCUCUUUGGGUCCCGCUGAAAAUACUUGACGUAGAUUCAGUAUUAUCUGUAAGCGGCAGCGAGUGUUGUGCACUUUGGUCGAAAAGGAAACGAGAGAAAGAGCCGCCAAUUCGCACCAAACUCAAUACUACACGUUUGUCGAGAAGACACCUCUUGACUCCCCCGACCCCCUUAACUUAAUAUAAUGUACUGUGUAACCUGUAAAUUAUAAUAUAUAAUAAUUAAAAAACCAUGUAGCGCGUACGAGAUUACGGUUAAUUUUAAUUAACGAUAGGGAUAAAUGUAUUAAUGUUAACCCAUCGUAGGACUCUAACUUAAAUGGGAAAUCGUAAAAGAGACCGGUCUCCAUCGUAGUAUUAGUUCCCUUGAUCUCUGGACCAUCAUUAUUAUCUCUCGUGUUGCAUUAACGAGCGCUUUUGAGAAGCAAAAGGUAUUCGUUUCAGUUUUGGUUUCUUUUUCUCCCUUUGAAUGUGCGGAUGUUCGAAUCUGAAGCGAUUAUAAAAUAUUCUCUGCGAGAUGAAAAUAUUCUUUUUUUAUUAUUUAUAAGUCUUAUUUUGUUAAUUGGAGAAAAUCGGCGCUAAUAUCUCGGAAAUUUAUCUCGGCGCGGCACGCCGUUUCGUAGUUUCCUUUUUCUUUUUAUAUUUUUUACAUCGUCGCUUUUCUUUUGGUUAUAUCGUUAUUUAUGCAAGAUUUUAUUUCGAUCGCCCGGGCCGAGUGCCGCACGGCUGACUCAAGCUGAGAACAAACUUAUUGUAGACUUAAUCGCAGGCUAGCUGUUUAACAACUGUGUUAUUAGACUGUUCCUAUGUUCUAUUAAUUAUAAUGAUUAAUUGCUGCGUUCUCUCUUAUCAUUAACUGCAGAACCCCGUGUCUAUUCGUUAGGACGGAUGCAACGCGUAAUAUUUAUGUAUUCGAACAAUUCCUGUGCGCGUUAAUUGUACGUUUUAUCGCGGGAUGAGACCUACAGCCGUGAAACUCGCCGUGAGAGUACAGUCGCAGCCGCGACUUCGCAUCGCGAGGAAGGAAAAUACGUGUACAUGUACAUACCGCGUAAAAGAGUUUAGACUUUAAGACGAAAACCGAGACGAAGGCCUCGUUCUUCGCAGCGUCACGCCGUCGCCGCGCGCGAUCUCCGCGCUGGCCGAGCGGCGGAUACGCGGAUUACGCGCGUGCUUCGCGCGAUCCUUCUCGGCCGCUUGUACAUACACGCACGGAAAGCUCGUCUCCAGGCGGACAGCUUGCGAAUCUUAGCCGAGCCGAGUUACUCUUUCGGAUGAUUCUACCCAACGGCACGCUUUCGUACGGAUGCAUCCCUCUUGUUCGUACGUAUUCCGGUGGAUCGCGCACCCCCCCGCGCACGGCCAAACGUGGGACGACGAGGAUCGUUGAUGAGACAACGCGAGGAGACGAAAUUUACGGACGGAGUCGGAAUAAAGAGAGUGAUUUCUGAAGAGGAUCGCGUACAGUUGAAAUUCGCGAGGGAACAGACUUGCUCCACGAAACCAUCGAAGCCGUUGAGCGCGAUCAGCCACCACCACCACCAUCACCGCCGCCGACGACGACGAACCAUACAUAUCCGUGUGCUUGACACGUACACGUACGCACGUAGAGCUCGUCUUCUUCCAUCUCCAAUCGAAACCAUACAUAUAUUUUUUCAAUGUGUCUUAUACAUAUGUAUCUCCUUUCCUCUCUCUCUCUCUCUCUCUCUCUCUCUCUCUCUUACUCUCGCGUGUGAGAACGUGGUAGCCUACGUUUAGAUUAUUUCUACGUACACUUGCGCGUACCACCAUACGUUGCACCAUACGUCUAUGUAAACCGCAGGCUGUAUUUCGCACGUGUGUAUGUACUUCGGAGACAAUAUGUAUGUAGAAUAUACGAGACGAGGAGCAAACCCGGAGAUGGCGUAUAUACAUAUAUAUAUAUAUAUAUACACAUACCCUGUAAGAAUUAUUUCUUUCGUUGUAUCGUACGUGCAGGAUGUUCGUUAACAGUAACGAUAAUGCGUCGACAGUAACAAUAACGAUUAAAUGAUAAUGAUAGUAAAGAUAAUAUCUAGCGAACGCGCGCGCCCCUGCGCAAGCCGAGAAUUUUCACGGCGGCGGACGAGAUCGCAUACAAUAAAAUACAAACUUGUGAUAAACGGGAAUUGGACAUCCGUGUCUGCGCUUUGCUUUCUUUCCGAGAAAUUUUCUAAUGCACACGCACGCCCACGCUGCAUGCAGAAUCCGAUGAUCCACUUAUCGCGAUAAGUGCCGCGGUAAGUCCAACGUGUUUCGAUUUAUCCCACCCUCUCUCCCUCCUUCGCCUUCCUGGACCUCCUGUUUCGAUCCUCCGGGAAAAGCGGCGAACGCGGCGCUGUUUAACCAAUCGCAUCGCAGAGGAGCGGAUUAAACGCGGCUUGCUUCUUUGUCGGUCCUUUAUCCGCAAAAAGCGUCACGUUCGACAUCAAGACCCGGUUCCGCCGAGGUCGUAAGGGUCUGCCGCUCGAAUGACGCAGAAACACAGAAUCGUGAUUCGUGACAUGAGGCAAGCCCGAGAUGUUCUUUCGGGAAGAUCAAGGAAGGGACGCCGUAUUUCUAGAAAAUUCGUAACUUAAGACAUCACACGGAGUGUACGAUGGGAACAUGUUUUAUAUCCCGCGCUAAAUAUCCACGUCAAGAGAUUAUCCGCAUCACGAAAACUAAGCCUAAUGUACAGGGUGUCCUGAGAAAGGUGUACGCAUUAGCUUCAUUUAUACUCUCAAUAAUUUUUCUCGAUCGCUUCUAAAUUCGCUCAUUAUUAUUUUUGUCGGCAGAAAUUCGCAGCAAUGUUUCUCCGCAUUCGCAAAGUGUUUAUCAUAUACUGUAAUACAAAUUAAAACUGUAAGAUUAAAUCUGUAAAACGGAUUAAAAAUUUUGAAAAUAGUUUUUAUUUCAGAUUAAGAACAAUUUCUUUUUCAUGAUUAUCAAACGAAUAAAAUUACGCUUCUCACGUACGCUUUCUCGGUGUUAAUACCCGUAUACGCAUCCAUACAGCACGACAACAGAAGAAUCAUUGUCGAGAUACGCGUAGAAAAUAAACGAGAGGAUUUACAGUUUUUUGAAUCAAAUCGUCACGUCCGAUUUUUUUGAAUGCAAUCGCGGACAGAUCGAGUAGCGUUGUACUUGUGCGCUCUUUGUACAAAUUUCCUGUAACGUGAUCAUAUCAGUGUAACUUAGAUUUACUUAUGUCACAUAUACGUACAUUAUACAGCUAUACAUACUGGAUGCGCAGUGUUGAGAAGAACAGUAGCUCUUGUAUGUUAAAUAAACCGAGAUUCAAAUAAAAUUGUUGAUAUGUGAUGUUGUAACCGGAAGCUCGCGACGCGCGCAGAACACGGAGCUAUAUCGUUAUACUUUUCUGUUCUCCCUUUUGCGGGUACACACAUUGAAGGAUUAUGUACGUCGCCGUACCAGUAAUGGAAAUAAACAAUACGGCCUUCUUAUCAAAAUGCA